UUGACCAUGAAUUUUCCUAAAUUUUUCCUCCUGUUUUAAACAGGAUGCAGAGCUGAAAAACAUAUGCUUCAAGCCAGGAAUGGAACUGAAGGUCACAGGAGUCCCCAAACCCAAUGCUGCUGGUUUCGCAAUCAAUGUGUGCGGCUCAAAAGAUAACAUUGCACUGCACUUUAACCCGCGCUUCAACUGUGGCGCUGACCAACGAGUCAUCGUCCUGAACACCAGGAAGGAUGGGCACUGGCAAGAAGAAGUGAAAGAGAGAAACUUCCCUUUCCAGCAGGGGAAGGAGUUUGAGGUGACCAUUAUCUUCGCUGAUGACAAAUUUUACAUAAAUCUACAUGAUGGCCAUGUGUUGCUGUUCCCCAACCGUCUGGCUGGCAAACAAUAUGAUUGUAUUUUGAUUGAUGGAGAAGUCACAAUCAAUGGAAUAUAUGUGAAAUAAAUCAGGAGAUUAGCCAGCCCCUUUCUGGCUCCUGAUUUGCUGAUCUGCUUCUGCUUCUGCUUCCUGCUUCCUUCCUACAGCUGUGCUAUGACCGCACUUUUUCUCUCCCAGACAUCAGCGCUUUUAAUCUUGUGCUUCUCUGCAACAUUUAACAGACCCCCUCUGGCGUCUGUCCAAACUCACUGAGUGUGAGAAUCAUUCCAGCUUCAAUAAUAAAUCUCUGUCAUGAGCAAAUUUA